UGGGUCAAAUGCUAAAGUCACACCGUCAGUGAAUUUAUAUCUCUUCCGUUUAUCUGAUAACUACUAUAGUGCAUGAACAGGAAAUGGCUUCAUAUCUCAAGAAAGCACACAUAAAAAAGGCUUUUUUUUAAAACGCUUUCAAAUAUGCUUGAACCUCAAAGACAUUCCUUUGUCAUUACAUUUGUUUUUGUUGUUGACAUACUCUUCAUGCACGUUAGAGGAGAUGACCCGUCCCCUGUACAGGAAACAGCCUUAGAAAUGAAAUAUGCAGGAAUAGGAAUUGGUGUUGGUAUAUUUCUAUCAGUCUGCUUCAUCGCAAUAAAGGUGUACAUGAUCAAAAGACACUUGCUGGACAAUGAACAGUCAGAGGAUUCAAUGAGAGCAUGUAUGCGAAGUGUUGAGGUUGAAAGCAGAACCUGACCAAUGAAGCCAAACCUGUUCACAGAAGGGAAAGCUCUGGCUUCAGAAACAGAAUUUUAUGCUAUGUAAUGUUUGUAAUGUAUUCAAUGCUAUUGUCUUAUUCAUUAAACCUGUAGAACAUU